AUGAAUGGAGCUGUUGAGACGGCUUCUUUGAAGUCUGGGAGCACCAAGUGCCCAGCCACCCAUCCACCUGUUUAUGAUGAGAUUCGCUGCCGCCUUCCCCAGGCGGAAGUGAGGCUGGAGGUGCCGCAGCGCUUGGGCUGCUCACCUGCUGCUGGACGGGCAGGGACAGGCGUCCAGGGCGCAGAGGAGGCGAGAGGGGUGCAUGCCCUGCACCGGCUCUCCAAGGGGAGCACCGCAAAGCUAGCGCGCGAGCCUCUACCCCUCAAGGAGGUCACCCGGAUCGCUCCGUGCCCCUGUGCCCGCCCCCCCCUGCCCGUCCCUGGCCGAGCGCGCCGUCGCCGCCAGAGCGCUCCUGGACUGCGCGCCCGCCGGACCUCGGAGGAGAGCGCCCCAGAGCUCGAGCAGAGCAGCUCGGCGCUGGGGGCGCGGACCCCGGCGCGCCCCAGCCGCCCAGAUCACAGCCGAGCAGACCAGAGAAGAGCCGAGCGGAGCCGAGCAGAGCCGAGGGAGCGGACCCGGGCCGCCUGCGCCUCGCGGCCCGCCGCAGGCCAGCGCACCGACAUGCGGCGCCGCACGGCAGCCGCCCGGGGCAUCCGAGCCACCGACCCGCCACCAUCUCCGGACGCCUCCGCCGAGGGCUCGGGACCGUCGGGGCAAGGAGCAGAAGGAGGCACGGCGGCGCGGCAGCACCCUGAGGUGGGACAGGGCAGCAGCCGGCGCGGCUGCAGCGGGGGCUGCGGCGGAGGCUGCGGGAGCGGGUGCGGGAAUCCUGGUGAGGAGCGGGGAGGGCGCGCCGGGGCCUGGCCUCGAGCGAGGAGAGAGCAGCGCGACGCGCGCCUCUGCGGCGGCUGGGGAGACGGAGUCCGGGAAGGCGGGCAGGCAGGCGGGAGCAACAAGUGCUCGAGCGAGCGCGCGAGCCGGUCGGUGUGGGGGUGCGGCGAUCUGCCGGUGUGGGGGUGCGGCGAGCCGCCGGAGAGAGGGGACCGCGGGCGGACGCGAGGGGGGGGUGCAGGGGAGAGGCAGGGCGCGCCGGCCGGGCGCUUGGCUGGGCUGCAGAGCCGAGACGGGAGACAGGAGACAGGGCGAGAGGAGAGCGGAGAGCUGAGAGCGCCUCCAGGGAGCGCAAGAGACUGGAGGAGGUGGAAGCGGCGGGGCUGUCCCAGCGCUGCCCUGCACGGAGGCGGGCGCAGCGAGCGCCGGCAACGGCGCGGCUCCUCCAGGCAGCCAGGCGGCCGGCCGGGCGGGCAGCAAAGCCAGGGGGGCUCCGGGCGGCCUCUCCGGUUCGUCUCGGGGUCGCCCGGCUGCCUGUGUGCACGCCCGAGCCCCGGGCGCAGGCGGGAGAAAAGUGUGAAGGAAGGCCUUUUACUGAAACAGACUAGCUCUUUCCAGAGGUGGAAGAGGAGAUACGUCAGAAUUCGAGGAAAGACACUGUACUAUGCCAAAGACUCCAAGUCCCUGAUCUUUGACGAGGUCGAUCUCACUGAUGCCAGUGUGGCUGAGACCAGCACAAAAAACGUCAACAACAGCUUUACGGUGAUCACCCCGUUCCGAAAGCUCAUCCUGUGUGCAGAGAACCGGAAGGAGAUGGAAGAUUGGAUGGGUGCCCUGAAAGCCGUCCAGAAGUGGGCAGCUAAUGAGCAUUUUCAGCUGACGUCGGAUCACUUCUCCAGCACUCACAACUGGUACACGUGCUCUCAUGCCCGCCCCACCUUCUGCAAUGUCUGCCGGGAAGCCCUCUCAGGGGUCACCUCCCAUGGCCUGUCCUGUGAAGUGUGUAAAUUCAAAGUUCACAAACGGUGUGCUGUGCGAGCCAGCUCCACCUGCAAAUGGACCACCCUGGCCACCAUAGGCAAUGAGAUCAUUGAGGACGAAGAUGGAGUGGCAAUGCCCCAUCAGUGGCUGGAAGGGAACUUGCCCGUCAAUGCCCGCUGUGCCUCAUGUGACCGCAUGUGUGGCAGUGUCCGGAGGCUACAGGAUUACAAAUGCCUCUGGUGUAAGGCCAUUAUUCAUGGUACCUGCAGAGACCAAUUUUCUAAGAAAUGCCCCCUGGGACAGUACAGAGUAUCUAUUCUCCCACCGACAGUUCUGAACUGCAUGGACUCGGAUGGGUUCUGGAAGGCUUCCUGCCCAGGAGCCUGCUCCAGCCCUCUGCUUGCUUUUGUCAAUUCCAAGAGUGGUGACAACCAAGGUGUUCGCUUCCUCCGGAAAUUCAAACAGUUCCUGAACCCGGCACAAGUGUUCGACCUGAUGAAUGGGGGGCCUCACCUGGGGCUCCGUCUAUUCCAGAGGUUCUCCACCUUCCGGAUUCUGGUGUGUGGUGGAGAUGGCAGCGUGGGCUGGGUUCUUUCUGAAAUUGACACUCUUGGAUUACACAAACAGUGCCAGCUUGGGGUCCUGCCCCUGGGAACUGGCAACGAUCUGGCCCGUGUGCUCGGCUGGGGAAGCCUGUGUGAUGAUGAUACUCAGCUCCUGCAGAUUCUGGAAAAGAUGGAGCGGGCUACCACCAAGAUGCUGGACAGAUGGAGUGUCCUGACCUGGGAGGCUCCUGGAGGCGUGCUCACACGGAGGGCUGGACAGUGUACCCCGGUGAGCAACAGGACAGAUAUGUUGAUUCGGGAGCUAGAGAUGGAGCCCCAGGCCGCUAUGGGCUACCUGGAGAAUGCCCCGCUGGCUGCUCCGGCCACAGAGGAAGAAGAUGAGGGUGACGAAGAUGACUUUGAAGGGGGAGCCGUGGGUGGCGCCCCUGCAGAGGUGUGCCAGCCCUCCAGCUUGGUGCCCCCGGCCUUCAGAUCCAAGGAUCAGAUGGUGCUGCAAGCUAACAGCUUGAAGAAGGCCUUAAGGCAGAUCAUUGAGCAGGCAGAACAAGAUUCCCGCCGAGACACCGUUUCCUCCACCACAUCGUCUGUCUUUCUGGACCAACCUGACGACUCAAGCUCGAGCAACUUUGCUGAGGAGCCCGUUACCAUCCAAUUCUCUGAAAAGUGCGUCAUGAACAACUAUUUUGGCAUUGGCCUGGAUGCGAAAAUUUCUCUGGAGUUUAACAACAAAAGAGAUGAACACCCCAAGAAGUGCAGCAGCCGCGCCAAGAACAUGAUGUGGUAUGGGGUGCUGGGAACCAAGGAACUCCUGCAGCGUACCUACAAGAACCUGGAGCAGCGAGUGCAGCUCGAGUGUGAUGGUGAAAUCAUGGCCUUGCCUAGUCUGCAGGGAAUUGCCGUGCUCAAUAUCCCCAGCUAUGCAGGAGGCAUCAAUUUCUGGGGUGGCACCAAGGAAGAUAAUAACUUUGGAGCACCUUCCUUUGAUGACAAGAAGCUGGAGGUGGUGGCAGUGUUUGGCAGCAUUCAGAUGGCUGUGUCCCGAGUUAUCAAUCUUCAACAUCACCGCAUUGCCCAGUGCCAUGUGGUAAAGAUCACCAUCUGCGGCAAUGAGGGGGUCCCUGUGCAAGUGGAUGGAGAGGCCUGGGUCCAGCCCCCGGGUAUCAUCAAGAUUCAGCAUAAGAACCGAGCCCAAAUGCUGACCAGAGACCGGGCCUUUGAGAGCACCCUCAAGUCAUGGGAAGAUAAGCAAAAGGGGGAAAGCUACCGAUCAACCCGACCCCGGCUCAGCUCCCAGCAGUCCAUGGAAUAUCUCACUGAGGAAGAAUAUAGGCUGUUGCAGCGCUUUGCCCGCUCCGCCGACAUCCUCAUCACCAGGAUCCGUGAGGUAGCCAAGAUCCACAAGGCCAUAGAGCAGGAACUGGCCCACUCGGUGAAUGGCUGUGCCUCGGCCCUGACUGAAGUGCUGCCCAGCAAGCGCAGCGGCAGCAGCCCUGAGAGCCUGAGCAGAAACUCAGCUGUGGAAGUUUCAAUUAGUGUGAAAGCCUUGUACAAUGAAGCCAGAGCUUACGUGGAAGGGAAAUUGCAGCUGGACAGCCCCCGGCAGGAGGAGGGGCUGCAGGUUGCCCUAGCCAACGUCAGCCAGGAGCUGGAGAAGGUGUCUGAAAUCCACUGGAUGGCACCCAUCCUCAAUGCUGUCACUGAAGAGGAGAGCUUGGGACACGCUAGCAAGGGCAGCUUCAGGCUGCGCCUCAACAUCUCCAGAGGAAAGAAAAGCAAGCCCCACAAGGUCAAAUGGAGCAGUUCUGUCUCAGUGGACAAAUGGGGCCCUGAGGAAGUGGCUUCUUGGCUGGACGCCCUUGGUUUAGGGGAGUACAAAGACAUUUUUACCCGCCAUGAAAUCCAGGGCUCAGAGCUGAUCCUGCUGGAGAGACGAGACUUAAAGGAUUUAGGAAUCCGAAAGGUUGGUCACGUGAAGAAGAUCCUUCAAGGUAUUAAAGAUAUUAGCCACAACCUAUGAAAUGCUGAAGGGAGCGAGCCCUACAGCUUGGAACUCCUGACACAAAGCCACUUCAUGGUGGACUGACAAUGACAACCACACCAAUGACAACAAUGACAAUGACUCUAAACCUGUAGAAUGACUGCAGACUCAAUUAUUCAGAACAGACACGGACCCUUGGUAGGGCUGUCAGACAACGCUUUCCACUAACGUGACGUUCUCAACUUUAUCAGGUUUCCUUAGAGGUUUACAUUUCCACAUUGGCCAAAGAUUGGUGAAUGGAGUUGUUCUUCAGUUCUCCCUCUCUGUGCUUCUUGACUGGCUCUGGUUAAAUGAGUUAAGCUUCUGUAUAUGCCUGGGAUCUAGAAGAAUGGCCUUCUAUGGCUGCUUUGGAGAGUGUGUUUUCCCUGAUGGGUCAGGGUCACCUGGCUGAUUUUGUGAUUCUGGAAUGUCUUUGACUUUCCCUUUGGAGCUGGUUUGCUAAAAGAAGGUGGCAGGAGAGGCUUUGUGCCAUGGAGGAUGGGAACUAGGUCCUAGGGGCUUCUCUCCUAGCCUUAAUUACAUGGCUGCAUCCUUUAUUAUCCCUGAGUUGAGCCCCCAUCAGUGGCCUAAGCUUAAUUGUGCUACCUUGACACCCCUCCCCCCCUGACUCAUCAUGCAUGUCAAAAACUAUGCCUUUCAGACUCUCUGCAAGUAGUCUAUGC